AUGGGGGGAAGAGAGCCCCAACUUGGUGCUAAGCCCACGGAACGCCUAGCUAUAUCGUUUGGUGACAAGAAUUCCGGGUUCCAGGUGGGGAUCAGCCACGGGCCUAUAUAUGUUCCAGCGGACCGACCGGAGCCUCGCCCAGAGCCUCUGUGGACUGUGCCGUUCCCAUACGAUCCAAACUUUGUCGGCCGUGAUGGACUCCUUGAUCAAAUCCACGAAAAGUCCUCGAUCCCGGGGUCUAGAAUAGUACUUGUCGGUCUAGGGGGCGUUGGGAAAACUCGGCUUGCCAUCGAAUACUGCCACCGGGUCAGACAGCAAUCGCCUGACACCUGGGUUUUCUGGGUUCAUGCGAGUAAUGCGGCUCGGUGCGAGGCAAGUCUACGCAACCUUGCCGACCGUGCUAAGAUUCCCGGACGCCAGGACCGCAACGCAAAUAUAUUCGAACUCUUCGGGAACUGGUUGCAAGACGGAAAAAUCGGAGAAUGGAUCCUUGUUCUUGACAAUGUCGAUGAUGACGACCUCCUUCGCAAACCAUUAACAACUCCUAUCGAGGCCCGCGGAAACGCCCAGAACCAUGCCUCGACGCAGCCACCGCUCAGAUACCUUCUCGAAAACUCGAAUGGCUCUGUCAUUAUCACGAGUCGGAAUAAAGGAGUAGCAUUGGAAAUUGCCGGCUAUAAGAAGAAUCUGAUCGAUGUGCAACCGAUGAUUAUGGCCGAGGCGCUAGUUCUAAUGCAGAAGAACCUAGAUUGUUGUUCUGAGAGAGCGGACAUAGUUCCGUUGGUGGAGGAACUUGAGUUUAUGCCACUCGCGAUUGUGCAAGCGGCUAGCUAUAUCACCCACCGUUCACCCAGUUGCUCGGUAUCACAAUACCUAGAGAAGCUUCGGCAGAGUGAUCGUCAAGCCACAAAGCUUCUUAAUCAUGAGGGACACCACACGCACCGAGACUGGGAGGCAAAAAACUCUAUUCUAUUGACAUGGCAAAUAUCGUUCGACCAUAUCCGAGGAACUAGGCAGUCUGCGGCUAACCUGUUAUCUCUGAUGAGCUUUUUCGACUGGCAGGGAAUCCCAGAGGAUCUUCUACGGGUUCAAGUUCAGCUCACGGUACGCACGUGGUUAAAAACACAUGGCCUGGAGGAGGAGUGGAAGGAACAAUUUAUUGAGAAUCUACAUGCCGAAUUCCCCACCGGUGAAUAUGAGAAUUGGGAGAGAUGCCGAUCACUCUUUCCGCAUGUUAGAUCAGCGGUGUCACAUCGACCGAAAUCGCAAGACACUCUACGGAGCUGGGCUGCUAUACUUUACCGGGGGGCAUGGUAUGCGAGAGGAUGUGGCAAUAUCUCGGAUGCACGCGAAAUGGCAUAUAUGUCGAGAAAGGAGAGAAUAAAGAUUAGCGGCGCGGAAGAUGAAGAAGCCCUUAGCAGCACUGCCAUGUUAGCAGACGUAUACCGUUUCGAGGGCCGAUGGGAGGAGGCAGAGAAGCUUGAGGUGCAGGUCAUGAAGACUCACAAGACGAAGCUCGGCGCAGAUCAUCCCUCGACGCUGACGAGCAUGGCCAACCUUGCAUCGACGUAUAGAGACCAGGGCCGAUGGGAUGAGGCAGAGAAGCUUGAGGUGCAGGUCAUGGAAACAGGAUUUCUCAACCGAAGCCAAAGAAAACUCCAUACACUGCCGCGGGACAGAACCGGUCCGUCGUAA